AUGGAGAUGGACGACGACGAGAUUUACGAGCCUGGGGCAACCUCCGACCUGCCCUGCGUCAUUUGCAAGCAAAACGAUGUCUCGGAUAAGAAUGAUGUUGUCAAAUGCAAAAGCUGUGGCUAUGUGUUUCACCAAGCCUGCUAUGGCGUUGAGCGCGUGCCCAAGCACGACUGGUAUUGCCGACGCCACACCCCAUACCUGACUAUUCGCUCAUCAAAAAUGAAGUGCGUGGCCUGCCCGGUAGUGACGGGGGCGCUCCUGCCAGUCGCAAAUCCAAAAGAUGGUGACAUGCAAUUCUGCCACGUGCUCUGUGCCAUGUUUAUUCCGGGUCUUAUCAUCAAUGGUUCGCCUUGGUGGGAAAGUGUGACGGUCUCUGAUCUCAAACUGAGCAAAGGCGUUUGCACCAUUUGCAACAGCCCGCGGUCUAGCGCCACCAUCAAGUGUGCUCAUAGCGGCUGCAGCCAUCGCCUUCAUGCCUCGUGGUCCGUCAGUCGUGCAAAGUACUAUCAUGAUUGGUCGCAAGCAAAAGCUGACCCUACCCAACUGCCUUUGCUUAGCCAUCGAAAGCAAGCGUCCAACACGAGUGGGACAAAACCUGGUGCCAAAAGACCGUCGGGCACUAGCACGCCAGCCUCUUCCUCCAGCUCCAGCCACGCAAAAGUGACCAAGGUGGCUAAAACAAACUCGACAUCCACGACGCUAGUCGCCGCGCCCCGGACGCCCAGCAGCGGUGUCCCAGCCAGUCCGAAUCCCAGCACCGUGGCCACCCCGCAAUCGGGAAAUACCCUGCUGCCCAUUUCGACUCCUUUACCAGAGGCGGCUCGCCUGGUGGCUGACCCACCGCUUCAAAAAAAUGGGCGUCCCUACCACGCUCACGAACGAGCGGAGGCACGCCUCCAAGACAUAGCAAGUCCUGCGUCCGCCACGUCGCCGGCGCCGGCCGCUCGCUCCUCGUCGCGCAAGGCUGCCAAGGCAUCGCCGCAAACAAAGAACCCAGACUCGACCAUGAACCUCGAAGAUGACGAUGCCGAUGCACUGGCGACUCGCGUAUUGGCAUCAGCCCCACAUAUCCCGACUGAUGAGCUUCCCCGGCUUCCGGCUUUUGAAGGGCUUCCCCAUCUGGACGCGCUUAAUGUCAAGGCGCGCGUCGCGGUUGCUAGUCCGCUGGCGGGUCCAACGGUUCUGCAAUCUCUGGCCAAGGCCAUCCAUCAGGACGAGCCUUUGCCUCUGGAUGAGGAGGUGAAGCUUCAGGCCCGCUUGGUUGCUCUCAUGAAGGAAACGGACAAGGAAUUGGCGCGCUGGGAGUGGGAGCGGCAACAAAAGAGCGAGGCCAAAGCCACGCUGGCUCGAUUGCAGGCGCCCCUGUUGCCGACUCUUCCAUCGGAACAGCGCGACGCAUGCCUUGGCUUCCUAUGCUCAAACCUCGCAUCACCUGCUCUGCCGGACACGAGCAUGUUUGCCAGCGUCGAAGCGUGGAAGCAGCAUGUCCUCGCACAAGUAGCAGCGCUUCUGCCGCUGGCUGGCAUCGAGGUCGCGCAACUGCCCACGACAUUGGAAGAAGCCCUCCAGCUCCUCCCGGAAGCUGUGACGCCCUAA